AUGUCCACUGAAGCUCAGUUCUACCUUGCCAAAGAACGAUGGUUAGCUGCUGCUAAAAUGGCACGCACCGAGAAGGAGCACUCCAAGAGGAGAUACGAGGAAGACAAGGAAAUGGGGCUCAUUGGCGACCAAAACUUUGAACAAUGGGCUGCAAUGAACGCACCGGGAUUCAUGCAAGCUUACAAUGAAUUUCAGGCCAAGCAGAACCGUUACGACGCGAUCGCUCAGGCAUAUGACCCGGAGCAAGCACUGGCCUGGAAACAGGAGUUCCAACGUCGAUGGAACGAGACUUAUUUUGGGACUGGAGAGGAAAAAGGCUCGAACUUUAUCAUUAUCACUCCUGAGGAUGACGAGUAG